AAUAACAAAGUCAUCCAAAUUCUACUUUUCAGUCAUCACAAAAAAAUGUCUUCUUUUUUUUCAAGUCCAUUAGCAAAUUAGCAUACCAAAACCCUAAUCUCAAAUUUUCUCCAUCAACCAGUUUUAAGGUCUAGGUAAUUCGUUUUUUAGAAAUUUUGUGAUCAUAGUGUAAUCAUGUCAAAAUUGUUGGCACCAGGGUUUAGAUUUCAUCCAACUGAUGAAGAAUUAGUUCGGUAUUAUUUACGCCGUAAAAUUUAUGGAAGACCAUUUAAGUCUGAUCUAAUAUCUGAGAUUGAUAUUUACAAAGUUGAGCCUUGGGAUCUUCCUGGCAUGUCAAGGCUGAAAACAAGAGAUUUGGAGUGGUACUUCUUUAGUGUUCUUGAUAAGAAGUACGGAAAUGGAGCAAGGACAAACCGAGCGACAGGAAAAGGCUACUGGAAGACAACCGGAAAAGAUAGGGCUGUCCAACGUAAUAAGUCUCAGGUUGUGGGGAUGAAGAAGACUCUAGUUUAUCACAGUGGUCGGGCUCCGAAGGGUCAGAGGACUAAUUGGGUGAUGCAUGAGUACAGACUGAUUGAUGAGGAGUUGGAUAGAGCUGGAAUUCCUCAGGAUGCAUUCGUGUUAUGCAGAGUCUUCCAGAAGAGUGGUGCAGGGCCGAAGAAUGGGGAACAAUAUGGGGCACCUUUUAUAGAGGAGGAAUGGGAGGAUGAUGAGUUACAAGUGCUUCCGAAGGAUGAGGCUGCUGAGGAAUUUGUAUUUGGUGAUGAUAUUUAUUUAGAUGGAAAUGACCUUGACCAGAUUCUUGGGACUGGUACAGCUGUCGCUGGUUCUGCUCUUCCUUUGAACUAUUCUUACGGUGAAAAUGGAAGUACUGAGGAGACAAAUAACUCCUCUGAUGCACAAAGUUGGCUACAGCAACCUGAUGAGCUAAAACCAACUAAUAUAGCUGUUCAACAGAACAUUGAUGCCGAUAAAGUCAUUCAUGAAUAUAUUGGUGAAUCAAGCAAGAACGUGAACUCUGAAGAUGGGGAUUACUUGCUUAAUCAACCAAUUGUAAAUGUGACUGACGGCCUCCAAUAUAAUGAUGAAGCUUUCCUCGAAGCUAAUGACCUUUCAAAUCCCAUUGAGGUUGAUAGCUCUGGUUUCGAUAUGCUUGAGGAAUACCUUACUUACUUUGAUGCAAAUGAUGACUUCCAGACUAUGGGUUUCGAUCCUUCUGUUUUCUUUGGAAAUGAUGACCAAAUUUCUGAUCAAGCACUGCUGGCUGAGAAGCAGAAUAUUGGUGAGGUAACCCAGCAAGCUAUUGCACCAAAUAAAGGGCGUUGUGAAGAUAUGAAUGAUUUCACGUCAUCCUCUAAACUGAAACCAACUAAAUAUGUAUCGGAUUAUCAGUAUCCAUUUAUGAAGAAGGCAAGCGAGAUGUUGGGAAAUAUUCAUGCUCCUCCUGCAUUUGCUUCAGAAUUCCCUACAAAAGAUGCAGCUCUCCGUCUGAACUCAAUGUCUCAGUCAGCUAGUUCAGUGCACAUCACUGGUGGUUUAGUUCAAAUUAAACCAAUGGGCAAGCAUGGGGAUUACAACAUUGUCCUAUCUUUUGGCUUGUCUCGGGGUAGUGUUGACUCUGCCGUGGGAUCAUUUCAGAGCAUUCAUCCGGGAAAGACAACUUCGACGGUUUCCAGAGGCUGGGUCUAUUAUCUAUUUUUUUCGUUCCUAAUGCUUUUGAUGAGCCUCGGAGUAGGGACCUUAAUCUGUGCCAGUUAAGGUUUGAGCACUAUAGGAGACUUGAUCAUGCCGAAGUUCGAGGUGGCUGUUAGUAUACAACUACUCGGCACAUGAUUGGAUCUCAACUAAGACUUAAUAUUGCUUACGUGUAGGGGGAUAGUUACCUUUUCUUUUUUUCCCUUUUUGCCUUGCCUCUUUUUUGGGUGUUAAGUUAUAAAAUUACAGUGUUUGAGUCUACUACUGAUUUGCUUCAAGUAAAUGAGACUUUGGAUCAUUAUAAGCUUCCAGCUCUGUUGCUUAGAACAUGUUAUUCAUAACAGUUCUGUUUGUAUCAUGUAGACAUUUUUCUUUGAAUCACAAAGUCUCUUGACUUA